AUGACUAAUACGUUUUUCUGCUUAGAAAUUACUAAUACUUCAAUAUUGUGCAAUGAAACAAAACCAUGGAAACUUGGUAGUCGAGACAUUGUUGCUGACUCAAAAGGAUUCGUUUUACUAGUCGCAUUCAUGCCUGUUGAAUGCGAACAUUGUCGUAAACAAUUGAUGAAGUUUCAAGCAAUUAUGGAGACAGUAACAGAAGUACGAGUUAUUGUUGUAGCACCGUAUGACGCAAAUCCGCGAUUGAUUGAACGUUAUAGAGAAGAAUUUCCUCGUGUAGUAAUUGGCAUGGAAUCAGUAAAUGAAAAAAUUUGGAAUUCUGUUUCAGCUUUGGCUCAUGAUCACUUCAUUUAUGAUAGAUGUGGUCGUUUAGCCAAUGUUAUAAGACAUCCAAAGAGCGAUACAUCAAAAUUCGAGGAUACUAUGCGAGCAUUAAAAUCAGCGGUUAAUUAUGCGCAGUGUGGUUGGUGUCAAUAUGAUCCACCACAACUACCAACAUCUCAAAGGUCCAUUAUUCCAAACAUCGGAACAAAUAAAAUGAAAACAGUGGUAAGAGUUUUUUAGAC